AUGGUUUACCAGGGCGGAGGUGGGACAUCAGUGUCCCUGAUGGCAAGCGCCAUGCGAGGGAGGGGCUCCAAAGUCGACGCCGUCUUUCAGGAGCUGCUUCUGGCGCAGCCCGGCGGCGCGGAUGCGGCGCUGGCGCGGCUGGGACCGCUGCCAGUGCGGGGCUCCACCCGGCUGCUGAGCCGCCUCGCCAAGGUGAGGCGCCCGGAGUUGGCCGAGAAGGUGCUGCGGUGGAUGCUGAGCUCGUCUGCCGAGACCAACUGCUUCCACUUCAACGCGAUGCUGGAUGCCCACGCCCGGUCCGGGGAGUGGCAAAGGGCCCUAGCUCUACUGGAAGAGAUGCUCUCGCACCAGGUUCAGCUGCAGUCGGUGAGUCUGGGCUGUGCCAUCGCCGCGUGUGAGAAGGGCCUCCAGUGGCAGAGGGGGAUGGCUCUGCUGAUGAUGAUGAGCGAUCUGGCCCUGGAGAGCAACGUCAUCGUCUUCAACGCAGCGGCCAGCGCCUGCGAGAAGGAGGGCCAGUGGCGCCAGGCGCUGCGGCUGGUGGAGCUCCUCAGCCUCCGCGGCCUCAGUCCUGACAUCAUCACCAUGAGCUCUGCCAUCAGCGCCUGUGAGAAAGCCGGGGAGUGGCACACCGCGUUGCAGAUCUUUGCGCAACUCGAGGAUUUGACGAUUCAGGUCGACACCAUUGCCUGCAAUGCUGUCCUCAGCGCCUGCGAGAAGGGCGGGCAGUGGCAGCAGGCCGUGGCCAUCUUGGAGCAGAUGCUCCGCGGAGUUUCCGCGCCGGACAUCAUCUCUUGGAGCUCAGCCAUUUCAGCCUGCGAGCGCAGCGGGCUUUGGACGGCGGCGCUGGAGCUGCUGGCGGCGCUGCAGCGGCACGGCCUGCGACUGGACACCGUGGCAGUGAGCGCGGCGCUGAGCGUCUGCCAGAAGGCCAGCCAGUGGACCAGAGCGGUCGAGCUCUUUUCCGAGAUGCAGCGCAGACAGGUCCCCCGGAACACGGUGGCCUUCAAUGUUCUGCUGGCGGCGCUGGAGGAACCCGGCAGGUGGCAGGAGGCUUUGCAGCUUCUAGACUCCAUGGCGCAGAGCAGCAUCGAGCGCUCCGCCAUUAGCUUCAACUCCGCCGUGAGCGUCUGCAGCGCUGCGCGGCGUUGGUUGGAGACACUUUCGCUGCUUCAAGCCAUGCAGGACCUCCGCAUUGCCGCCACGACCAUCACCUGCUCCGCGGCCUUGCGGAGCCUGGCCAAGGCCUCGCAGGGCCACCAGGCGCUGCAGCUGCUGCGGCAGAUGCAGGCAGAGAAGAAUGUGGAGGUCUUCCACACUGCGAUAGAGGCUUGCGAGGCCUGCGGCCUUGCAGACGAUGCCAUGGACGCUCUGGAGGCCGUGGCUGCCGCCGCGGUGGAUGCCUGCGAUGAAGCGACGCGGAGGACGCCCCUGGCCUGUCUUUGGACCCUUCCGCCGAUGUGGUGGCUGCUGCCUCACUUCCUGCACGGGGUCUUCUCUGGGGCCUGGGGCGCUGCUGGCGCUGCCGGCGCCGGCGCCGGCGCAGCGGCUGGGGGCGGCGGCGGAGCCGCAGCCGGGGUGCUGUCGUUGGUGACGCUGCCGGUGCCAGUCUUGGCCGCGGUCACCGCAGCUCUGGUGCUCCCUGGCCUGUACUACCUCAUGCGCUCGGACCCUUUCGCCACCCCCCAGCACGUGCCGGACGACCCGGAGUACCCGCAGCCCGAGUGGCUGCAGGUCCAGGGGCAGUUCAACUUCGCCAUCAUCGGCAAGUCCGGCGCUGGCAAGUCCACCUUCAUGAAUGCCUUCCGCGGCCUGAGGGACGCUGACCCGGGCGCGGCCAAGACGGGACGCAAGGAAACCACGCAUCAUCCAACGCCCUUCACCAUUCCGGAGGAGCUCAUGAAGGAAUGCCCUGAAGUGGUUCGAGACAAGCUGCGGCGCAUUGUUCUUUGGGACCUUCCGGGUGCCGGCACGCCAUCGCAUCCACAGGAAUCCUACAUCAAGGACAAGGGCUUGCGCUACAUGGAUGGUGUGGUCAUCAUUCUGGACACUCGCUUCACCGAGAUUGAUGAGAUGCUGGCAAAGGCGAUGCGCAAGUUUCAGGUCCCCUUGUCCAUUGUGAGGAACAAGAUGGACACCGAGAUCUUGAACGCCGCCAACGAGCUGGAUGACGACCAAGGAGAGGAGGAGCGCUGCUCUCAGGUCACUCCAGGAGUGCUCGCGGAGCUUCGGGAGGACUUGGAGACCCAAGCUGGGGAUUUGCGGAAGCUGGGCUGCAUCUUCCUGAUCUCAGCAGGAGCUGUGCUAUCAAAGCGGCCAAAGGCUUGGCACAGCCCUCUGCUGCAGCAGUUCGGCAGUCUCAAGGAGAAGAUGAUGCGGGACAUGUUCUAUGCACGCAUGGGAGGCUAUCCCCGCUACUGGAGCCGAAGGCCGGUGGAUUUGGAUCUGCGGCUGGUCCCGGUGGAGAACUCGGAGUGGGCGCAGGGCCUGGAGGCCUUGCUACGGGCCAGCGACUGCGGGAACUGCCUCGUCCUGCACGAGGCGAAGGUGAGGGAGGUGCAUCGCAUCGAGCACCCGCAGCUUUGGAAGAGGUUCCACGACAUGAAGGCGGACCUUCUGACGCGGCACGUGGGGCAUCCGAUCGAAGGCCUGGUGGACCAGGAGGUGUUGAGGAAGGCGGAGCUGAGCGAAGUGGAUGAGGUGAUGAACGAAGUCUGGGCCUUUCACGGAACCACGGACUCUAUGGUGGACUUUGUAUGGAAGGAAGGCUUCGAUGCCAGACUCAGCCGCAAAGGCCUCUAUGGCAAGGGAGCGUACUUUUCGCCGGAUGCGUGCAAGGCGAAUCAGUACACCUGUCAGGAGGAGCGUGACCGGCCUAUGAAGGGGGACCCGUCGCGGCUGCGGCACCUUCUGCUGUGCCGGGUGGUCCUAGGGGAGCCAUGCUACCCACAAGGCGACUUGAAGGCCGCCCUCCGGCCGCCCUGCAGGAUGCUCUGCGAGAAGGCGAUUUGCGACCACUUCCGAACCGACUCCGUGGUGGCAGCGAAAGGUGUUGCCAACGCGGGGAGGCAACGGCAUACCGAGUAUGUCGUCUACGAUGGCCGGCAAGUCUACCCAGAGUACCUCAUCAAGUACACGCUCGCCUGAACAUGCGGUGUGUAGCAGCGGUACAAGACCGCCCCAAAUGAGCCGCUUCCUCAAAACCCGGGUAGAUGAAGGUUAGUAAGGGACAAUCCCAACCAUAAAUAGCUGCGGCCGCCUUCCUAAUUCUUCACAUGGUUCUGGG